CGUAGUUUGAACUUUUGGAAAGCUGCAGGAGUUUUUAGUAAUUAAAAAAAAUUUAAAAUAAAAAUUAAAGUUAAAAAAUAAUACAUAUAUAAUAUUAAAGAAGCAUGCUAUGUUGUGUGUAGUGUUUUGUCUAGCAUUUUAAAAUUGAAUGUAAAAACUUGCUUCAAAAUGUCGCAUAGCAAUCCGAUGCGCAUAAGAGUAAUUGUAAUUGUGCUUUUACUCAUUCUAACCGUAAUUGGGGAGCAACAAUUUCUCAGCUCGGCUGCUAAAACCACUGGUUUGUCAGAUGCCCGACUGAAGGAGAUUGAAAGGAUACGUAGCGAACUGAGUGGUGCUUUUGAACAGGAGGAUAAAAAUGCGCAGGGCGUCAUAGUCCAGCCCACCUGGACGGUUCAUAAUGAUCAAAAACCAGAUACUAAAGUUAAAACUAAAGUCGAGGUAACUCAACGGCGCAUCGACGAGGUGAAUGCGCUACGCGCCGAAAUAAGAAAAGGCACCACUCAGCCAGCGAAAAAUGACGCCUUUGUCAAGCAGCUGGUAAAGGAAUUUGAUAGGCAACAAGCGGGUCGCACAGCGCUUAAGAAAGCCGUUGGCUCGGCACAAGACAAUAACGGCGAAGAGCUUCUGGCCGCCACUGAGCAGAGCAACUCAGAUGGUAAACCCAACUUGGUGGAAGCCAACACUCAGGAUGUCCAUGAAUUUGAUAUGCGUAAACUGAAGCGUCUGGAGCUGUCGAAGCGGCGAAUGCGCGAAACUUUGAUACUCAAAUCUGUGGAGGAAGACUUCACAUUCAAUUUGGGCGAUGAUGUGCAACAAUGGGCGCAUAUACUGCACAACGGUACGGAAUACUUUGUUGGACGUCGAGAGCAUAAUCUGGUAAUUGUGCGUAAAGCAAGCGCCACAUACCAGGCGGGUACAGUUCUGGAGGUGGGAAAUCUCGUAACGUACCUACUCACUUACUCUUUUUGGAAUGAUGCGCAGUCACAGAUGGAAGGUAUUAUACUUGUGGCUACACAAGAUCGUGUGAUUUGGUAUAGGGUUAAUAAUGUGACUGGAAAUAUUGAAUUGUACUGGCAAUGGGUGGUGGGCAAUACCGUUACUGGGCUCACUUACUUUACAGCCGAUAGAAAAGAUUAUGUAAUUGUGUCAACAAAUCAGUCCUCCCAAACUGGCUUUUAUACGCUGAAUAUUUACCAGUUUGAGCUCUCUUCGCGAGAAUUUUGGAUUGCUCAACGUAUGCAAUUAGAAUUUCCUUGCGUCGAAACCACUUUGCUCAAUACGGGCCGUGAUCUAAUACUUGCCGUGCCACAAAAUCACACAGCUGCCAUAUACACGUUUAACCCGCAUGCGGACAACAAAGAUUACUUGCGGUUUCAACUUAAGCAACACAUUGAAUCCGAAGGUAUUGAGUCCGUGGCUGGUUUCCAAAUGGGUGGACGCAGCUAUAUCGCAGUCGGUGGUCAGCAGCCGCAGAUUUUACUUUAUCAGCAGGGUGAGCUGGUGCCCAAAACGAUACUUGCGCACAAUUUUGGCCUGGUAGAGUUGUUCUUCCCUGUGCCGGUACGUACCUAUCGCGAUGAUCUGAUACUGCUCGUGCAACACCGCGUCGAUUUCAGCACACACAGUAUUACAGUACUCGAGACUCUGAUAUGGGAUGGGGAGGCUUUUGAGACCAGCAUACCGGUACCCUGCAGGCUUGGUGAGCACACAGUUUACGGCGUCAGUUGCAUGUUGGACAUGCAACGCGACGCUGGCUUGAAAGGUGCGGCCUACUUUCGGCGCGGCGAUGAAGUAUCGCUCAUUGUGCCGCGUCACAAAGCCGAGUCUGGUCUGUUUAGGUUGCACACAGAGCUGCUGCCAAAAAAUUCGGAAUAUUUCGACUUACAGGAAAUUUUCGCCUUCCUACAAGGUUGGGUAAAAGAGCAAGAUGACUUGGUGGCACAAGCGGAAGCAUUCCUCCAAAGGCCUGAUAGCGACGCGGCACUCGCACAACCUGAUCUUUCAAAACUAGAAAGACUAGAAACACCAGAAUUGAUUUUCGACGCAGGUGAUGUAGGCGAAAUCUAUGUAAAUGAUUACCGCUGGACGGAUGACGAUACACAAAUUGAUCUUGAUAAAAUGAUAACAGCUAUAGAACAAUUGACGGCGGAGGUGACCGACCCAAGGCAGAGGCGUGAUGCCACUACUGAUGAGUUGAAUUUUGAUCAUUUGGAAUUCGAUAACUUGCAAGUCGAAGAACUGUUGGUGAAGCAAGUAAAUGGUGCAGAUUUUUACGUGCAAGAUGGAGUGCUUAAUUUCGAUGGUAUCUUGAAUACGCACGACUUAGAAGUCUUGAAACGUUUCGAUGCAGUUGCGGCGCGCAAAGCAGAAAAUGAGGAUGAGGAUGCGGAUGAAGAAACGGAAAGCGAGACAUUGUUGGUCGAUGGUAAUAUGGAGUUCGAGUAUAUUAAUGGUGUGAGCUGGCAGGAAAUAACGGAUAAUAUGGUGUUAAAGAGUGGUCCGCUUAACUUGGGGCAGUUGGAAGUGACUGGGCAAGUGAUACUCGAAAACCUGUUGUCGCUGAAUGCAUUGAACUCAUUCAGCUUCCCAGAUGACUUUCUCUGGACUAAUGGCUCCUCAGUUAGCAUUGUGCAGGCAGAGAAAACUUUUACAGGCACGCUGAGUGCAAAUACCGUGGACACCGCAGGUUUGCUGAACGGCUUAAACAUUUCAGAUGCCAUUACAUUGAGUGCUGCACAAGAAUGGCGUGGUCUGCCUACUUUUGCCGAUCUCAAAGUUACAGAGAUCUUUCAACUCAAUGGUACAACACGCGGCCGGGACAUUGACAAUAUACCAAACAAUCCGACGCUGAAGCAAGUAAACGAAGUGGAGGCCAUAUGCAACUUUAAGCAGUUACAAGUGCUUGGUAACAUUUAUCUGAAGGGUCAUUAUGACAAUCAACCGCUAGCGCCUCUGCUACUCGAUGUGGUGCAGCGUCCCGUUAAGCCGGAAACUGGUAUCACCGUAGGCGCUAGAAAGCGCUUUAGCACUGUGGAAAUGCCACCGAACUUUAAAGUGCUGGAUGGCAAACUGAAUGGCAUAUCAGUGGAACAGUUCGUAACUGCGCAAACCAAACAGAAUUUGGAGAUAUCAGCUUUGCAGGCGUAUGCUUAUUUUUCCAAUCUCACGCUUAGCGGUCGCUACGACGGCGUGGAUAUGAAGGAGCUUAUGCAGAAUGCAAUCAAAAUCGAUCAGCCGCAAAUCGCAUUGGACACAGACUUAAAUUUCACAAAUAUUUUGCAAGGCGAUAGAGUCGAAGUCACAACUAGUCUGAAUGGUGCUUCCAUAACCGAGGACUAUCAAAGCAUAUAUGAAGAUCUGGAUAUACCAGUGGCGCACUUUGAGCUACUGCAGGCUAAAAUGGCCAACAUAAAUGGUGAUAUUGAAUGCGCCAAUGCAACAUGGCAUGGUAAUCAGUCUGAACCGGUUGUACAGGUAGAGAGCCUCAACGGCACGCAAACCGGCAACAUUUACAUAGAUGAGCUUAAACUUGCGCACGGACUGGUUGUUGAUGAAAUACAAGGCAUUAAUGCCUCUUUGAUUUGGAGUUUUCUCGAUGAGAUCGACGAUUUGGCUGAUAUGAUUUUAGAUGGUAAAAUUUUGGUGGACCACGCCAUAGUCACAGGUGACGUGCUUGUGGAUAAAUUGAAUCAGCAGCGCUUCGAUGAGGACUUGCAAUUGACUAUCGUUUGGUUGAAUCGCCCCAACUAUCUAAGCACCAACCUAACAUUUAACGAGCCUUUAAUCGUAGAUGGCAAUCUGCAAGUUGAAGGCAGUUACAAUGGCAAAAAUCUGCCAGCGCUUAUUGCUGAUAUAGUCUUUCGCGCGCCCACCAAUGACACCACCACAGCUCAAGUGUUGGCUCCCAAAAGUUUCACGCAAAGCGUGGAAGUCUUGGGCGACACUUAUGUGCAGGCCUUGAAUAGCAUACCGUUCAGCGAUAUCGCCACCAAGAAAACAAUUUCCAACUUCCGUGGUUCGGUACAACUCUAUGGCAAUCUUAUCGUAGACGAUCUAGAGCUCACUGGUGCUCUUAAUGGUUAUCCAAUGUCUGUCUUCAGCAGCUCCAUACGUUACGAUCAUGCAGUGCAUGAUUUUGUAGUGCAAGGCGUGGUAAACUUCAAUACUCAUCAAUUGCACUUACAUGAUCUCACUGUUUUGGGACAACUUAAUGAAAUGCCUAACAUGGCGGGCUUCUUCGACGAACUGGUUUACAAAGAUAAAAUUUGUAUCUUAAGAGGAAAUAACACCUUCACGGGACGCGUUUCUAUUGGUAAGGGCGCUUAUAUACGCAAUUUGAAUGGCUACAAUCUAUUGGCGCUAUUUGAAAACAUCGUCCAAAUCAACGAACCCGCACCUGUGCUGAUAAGGUCACCCAUAACAUUCAAGGGUGCAGUGCGCGCGCAAAAUUUGUUGGUGAAAGAUUCGCUUAAGACAACUCAUGUGAACGGGUAUUCAUUGCAGGAGUGGUUCACAGACUCUUUGCGGCUAGAUCGACCACAGGAGAUAGAUAAGUAUCUCAUGUUCGCACCGGGCAGCUUAAACGACAACAGUUUCUACGCCAGUUAUUUGAACGAGAUUGACCUAUCGAAAAUUGUUACCUUACAUACAGCACAAAAUCUCUCGGGUAACAUUACAUUCUCCGAACUCCAUUUGAAUGGACAAAUUCAAGUACAGGGCUUGGUUAACAAUGUCGAUUUGCUGAAUGAGUAUGCAAAUACUUUAAUGACUCAUGGUAACCAACAUGUUAUAACACCACUCACGCUUAACUCCGCUUUAGUACGAGGAAAUCUGAACACCACGGCGCCAAUAAAUAAUGAUAAAGACUUAAGAGAAGUGGCAACGCUUCAUGGCGCACAGCAUAUUGAAUCGCCGCUCUAUUUCGAAGAUGUGAUAACAACGGAAAUAAAAACCAACUACAGCGUGUCUGGUAUAGACAUGAAUCAAUGGUUCCAGCUUGCGCUGCGCACGCAGGGCAAUCUACAGAUUAUCACCGGCAACUGGAGUGCACGCACAUUGAACGUCAAAUCGGGACCAACAUUGCCCAGCUAUAUGAACAACGUACAACUAAGGCCUAUGACAUUUGGUGCACUGAUACGUAACGUGCGGGAAGGUAUGGAUUAUGAGGAUUUGUGUGAGAAAUUGCGAGCUUUAGCGAAGAAACAACAGAGACGUGGCUAUCACUUGAAAUACUUGGAACGGGGAUUUCAGUUGGAAUUGAAUGAAGUGCUUAAGGUGGAUGACGAUAAAAAUGCGACUAUACGCGCGGUUUUCGUUUUGGAAAAAGAAGGCAAGAGUUUUAUUUUCAUAAAUACCGGUAAUCAAACGCAUAUAAUGAAAUGGAGUACAGAGAAUGGGAGCUAUGAAAAAGUCAGAACGUUCAAAUCUGGGCACAUCGACCAAUUAAUCGCGGUGGAGUUUGAGCAAAUGUCCAAUACCAUUGAUUUUGUUACGAACAACGCGCGCGUCGAAGGCGCACUCAAUUAUUGGCGACUAGAGAGCUCUAGUCUUACAAUGUUGAAGGCCUUCAACAAAACCGCCUCCGAGUUCAUGUAUUCACAACUAAUGCCUAGCAAGUUGUACGCUGUAUACGAUGAUACUGUAUAUGCCUACAAUUUGAGCCAACUCACCCAAUCGAAUACCUGGUUUCUGCCCAACUGGCUGGGCAAUGACAGCUAUCGCUUUGUGCCACACCACUCACAAGCGCUGAUGUUCACCAAUGGUGAGCUGAUACUGCUCUUCAACGAUGAUGAGUACAGUAUGCGCGACAAACGCACCUCCGCGCCAAGCUACAGUUUGCCACUUUUCUACGACCGUGUGAUUAGUCCACAACAAUCAACAUACAAUCUCACUGAAUCGCUGCUCAAGCCAGCUGCCUCAGAGGCACACAAAUUCCGGUUCGCGGAUUUCCGCGUCGUCAUUGGACACAUACUCGAUGACUUGAAUUAUCGCCUGCGUCUCGAGGUGAAUAUCACACAACUCAGCAUACCAGAGACGGAUCUGUAUGAUGAGCAUUUGGUGAAGGACUUUACAGCUAUAAUGGAAGAGCUUAGAAAACAGCAAAUCUAUCCGAAUACAACCUUUGAGAACAUCGAAUGGCACGUUUCGCAGUUACCUGAAAAUCCAGCACAAAUCUUGGCGGCACAUACCGUGCAAAUCUUAUGGCGGAGCAUAGUUGAUAUGAAAGAAAUACAAGGUUACUUGCAGAGCAGUGAUGCAGCAGAUAUUGCGGCAGUUACGGCCAUAAUGGACCGCUUGGGCACAACUGUGCGUGAUGUGCUCAUAUUGGCCAAUAGCAAAGCGAUAAAUGACCACAAAGUGGCAGCGCAUGAGUGGGAAUUGAACGCAGUGAUUCAGUGCAUACGUAGUCUGCAAAGUUACUUGAAAAAAACAGUGCAGCUACUCGAAGCGCAAACUCUCAGAAAAGCUAAGGAAUCAUUGAAAACAGUUUAUGAGGACCUGGAAAUGUCUGCUAGCAUAGAAGAAGUGCAUUCCAAAGUGCAGGAGACGCUCAUCAACUUCAACACACUUACAAUAGGCAAUGCGACCUGGCUGAAAUUUCACAAUAAAAAUUUGCCUACUGAAGGCAAUGGUGAAAUUUUACCCAUCUCAGUGGGUGCGCAUGAAACACCGCUAGAACUUUUGGCCGUCACUGUGAAUGCACCACAACUUGUGGGUGCUCAACAAGCUGAAGUAGUUCUGUAUUUGGAUGUGAUAAACGGCAUACGUUUCCAAACUAUAAGCGCUCACAGACCACGUUCGCUGAUCACCUUUCGAAUAGCCACCGAAACCUUGAUUGCUUUCGUCGAAGACUGUUGUACGAUACGCGUGUUCGUCUAUCGUGGCGUGCAGGGUUUCAUAGAGUUCGCGAGCUUUAAAAGUGACGUGAGCGUAUUAAAAAUAUUCGCUGCUAAGCUGUAUGGUAGUGAUGGGCUGGUUCAAAAACCGCACUUGGGCGUCGCGCAUGCCAAAGGUGUGUUAUUCUAUCGCUUCGUAGGAGCGGGCUCGUUACUGCGCCAGCCUGCGAAUCUUCUUUGUAAUUAAUUAGUUUAUAGAAAUUAUGUAAAUGCAUGUAAAUAAAAGUUGUUGUACGGGUAUAUCGAUAUCUUGUUAAAAA